GAGAAUCGGAUCAGCCAAGUGUCGUUGUCAGUGGAACUUAGUAAACGCCGGUGAACGUACGUUCGGGACAAAAGCCGCCGAGUUUCAACCUUCUUUCAGCCUUCCUUCGCUUCUCUUAGCAUCUCUUGCUCACCUCUCAACCGUUCAUAAUGAGGAAUGCGCUGCCCUUUCUCCUGCUGGUUGGGCUCCUUUGUGUAUCACAAUCAAAAGGCGAUGUCCUGGAGACGAUAGCGCAAUGGCAGCUGCUUGACUUUGCAUUCCCCUAUGAUCGUACAUUUUUUACGGAGUUCGAACCGGAUAACGUAGUGCCGACAGGUCUUGAGGUCGGCUGGUACAGAAUUUUCAUAGCCAUACCUAGAUUGCGAGCUGGUGUACCAGCUACGGUUGCUUACGUUCCCCGGGACAUUCCCCUGGGUAGCACUGGACUUCAAUUGCAGGCAUAUCCAUCAUGGGAGUGGCAUAGUGCUGGGAAAGGAGAUUUUAAUUGCUCCAAGUUGAUUUCCGUUUACAGAAUUCGAAUAGACAAGUGCAACCGACUUUGGGUACUGGACAGUGGCAUUAAUACAUCAAUCGAUGACUUUACGGUUAUGUGCUCACCAAAAAUCCUUAUUUUUGAUCUUCAAACGGAUCAACUUGUUCGUACUAUAACAUUUCCACGUCAGUCGUUGAGGCCGAAUUCACUUUUUACGAAUUUAAUUAUUGAUGACACCACGGCUACAACAUGCGAUGACGUUUAUGCUUACAUAUCCGAUACAACGGGACCCGGACUUGUAGUGUUUGAGGGAGCUACGGGCAAAAGUUGGCGUUUUUUACAUGCGUCCAUGCUACCAAACGUCAAUUACGUCUCUUAUAAGAUCGGUACGGACACUUUUGAAUUGUUCGAUGGGAUUGUCGGUCUCGCUUUCUCUCCUAAACUUGCAACCCUGUAUUACCAACCACUCGCUACAGAUCGACUGUUCAGUGUCUCGACAUCGGCCCUUAGAUCGGGUGCCUUGGCUUUCGGUGAUCAACUCCCCAUUAAGGUCAUUGGUCGCAAGUCGAGCCAAGGGAUCGGUCUUUCCUUAGACCCCAAUGACGACACAAUUAUUUUUUCACCGCUCACCGAGACAGCCGUAGCCGCAUGGCAGCCCCACACAAACUCUCAAAGAAUCCUGGCAUAUAGUCCCGAGCAAAUUCAAUUCGCUGCAGAAAUACGAUGGGCGGAGCGGGAUGGCGGUAACAUCUGGGUAUUGACGUCAAGAUUCCAGAAGUUUUUCAAGAGACAAGUCAACCCUCAAGACAUUAACCUUCGUAUUCUUAGGAUUCGACCGGAUGCUAUUCUAUCACAAACUUCUUACCUAUUUAAUCGCUAUAAUUUUCCAUCACAUUCCAAUUAUCACAACCAAACAUAUAAUGUCUUUAAAUAACUUGUUGAUAUUUUUUUUCGUCGCGAUAUCACGAUGCA